AUGCAGUUGGACUUAACGCUCGAACAGAUGCAACAAUCUGAAGCAUCGGUAUCUGCUGAUCAUAACAACGCCAUGACGGUAGAGACGAACGUAGAAUCGAAUACGGCUACGAGGGAAAUGUUAAGCGAUCUGCCUGUACCGUCACGAUCCUUUAAGCAGCAGACAGUCUCACACCCACCUGCCCAACUUUUACCGAACCUUUUCCCAGAGUAUAUGUGCAGUGCGGUUAAGAAAGCUGGUGAUCAAGCUCAAGUUGAGAUGGCGUUCCCUUAUACUCUUAGGAUGGUUUGCAUGAGCCUGGUAAUUCUUUCGAGUAAGAUCCAACAUGUUGCAAUGGAGCUGUUCGGUAUACAUGUGGAAUCAGAGGAUGGAUAUCGAGUUGUCAUUCAAGGAAACGGGAGAAGAUUAAUGCCUCAACUAGAGUUGGUUAUUUUAGGGGCUCCAGACGGCGCCAUUUCAAAGCUCCUUGGUUCAGAUAUGGGCAAUUUCAUCAAAGUGAGUCCCGCGCGCAAGAAAGAAUUAAAACAACUUUAUGUGGAAGGAGAUAUAAUAGAUACCACCUAG